UGCCAACAACGACGACCCUAGCUCCACCUAUAUCAUGUCACCAACAAACUUCCCCACCCAGGCCAACCGUUGGAGCUUCUCCAGUCUCUCAGCUGGUUACAUCAAGCUGUUUGUGGGUCAACUUAGAACCAACUGCCUGUUGACUACUAGCUACACAUCAACGAAACCCAGCGUAUCCUACGGCAGCUAUAACGGGAGUAUCCUUGACCCUGACGUCAUGUGCCAGAGAAGUCUGCUGACAUCCAACACCUACAUGUGCAAGAGCAUACCUGAUGUCUACCUGGGCCCACCAAAAGGUGACGCCGUCUGCUCACAGAUCUACUGCCGUGUUCCCAGCACCAUGACGUGCUCCGGCAUUUUCCCGUCUGAUGGCAUGCCCUGCGACACCAGAAAGAGAUGUGUCUCUGGGCGAUGCCAGCCCGACUACUCGGCAGCGACACAGUACCUUGACUCCAACUGUGUAUGGGGCAACCAGAAAUCCCUGGAGCUUCCCUCCAUCUCCUUCGUUGGGAACUGUGCCACCUUCUUGAGCCUGUACAAGCCGCUACAGUGUUACACACGCAUCAUCCAGGAGUCCUGUUGUGCUAGCUGCAAGUCUUACUACACGGCCAGAGCUGGUUGUGAAUACGGUGACCGAUCGGUGGAUUGCGUCAAAUACACCAGAGAACAGGUCUGUCCUACAUACAAGGACUCACUGUGCUGCGGAUACUGCGCUGGAUACGUUGGCAAGCGGUCAGUGGACGGACCAGUGAUCGCCCCCACCCUCAACAUGACCGUGCCUCUAGGGGAGAAGAUCCACAUCAAGGCUGAGGAAUACGAGGAUAAACUCGGCCGUACACAUUGAGCAUCGCAGCUGGGACAUACUGAUCCAACUCUUGAACGUUUUGUAGUGUAAUACUGCACUCUGUCGAUUUAGAUUUUUUUCAUGUAACAAGCUUAAUUAUAUGCUUUCUGUAGUAUCCAUAGGUACGUUACUGCUUACAAACAGAUCAAAUAAAAUAGUUGUUUGAUAUAUCCAUAUAGUAAUUCUAUACAAAUGUGCAUGUACAUAUCUUAAAUAAAAUCUUUUAAACCUAAAACUAUUUGUUCUUCAAUGUCAAACCCACUACUGA